AUGUGGCCGCGCGGCUUCCUCUCGCGUCUUCUCCUCCGCGCGACCGCCGGCGCCACGGACCGCCACGCCUGCGCGCGCAUCCACCCGCUCCUCCUCAAGUCCGGGCACGCCUCCGACACUCGCCUGGCCACCGCGCUCGCCGACGCCUACGCCAAGUCCGGCCUCGUCGCGCACGCGCGCAGGGUGUUCGACGAGACGCCGCACCGGGACCUCGUGCUCUGGAGCGUCAUGAUCUCCUGCUACUCCUCCCACGGCAUGCUCAGCCACUCGUGGGCGCUCUUCGCCUCCAUGCGGAGGAGCGCGGGCCUCUCUGGCGACGGCUUCACCUUCAGCGCCCUGCUCAGCGCCCGCGCUCCUCCGUCCUCAUGCGGCCACCACCCGGGGCUCCUGGCGCAUGGCCUUGUUGUCAGGCUGGGCCUCCACGUGGACCUUGUCGUCGCCACCGCGCUCCUAGACAUGUACGCAAAGUGCGGCCGGGUCGCUGACGCUCGCCGGGUGUUUGAUGCCAUGCUGCUCAGGAACUCCGUCUCCUGGAAUGCCAUCAUUGUCUGCUAUGGCCAGCACGGUGGAGGCAAGGAAGCGCUGCAGCUUUUCGUUUCCAUGCUCAGGAAUGACGAUGGGUGCUGCUGUCGGGCCGAUGAGCUCACGCUUGCUAGUUUGCUUAGUUCCUGCGCCAACAUGGCGGCUGCCUAUGAGGCUACCCAGCUUCAUGGGUAUGCCCUCAAAAGGGGCUUACAGGGAUAUCUGCAAGUAGCCAAUGCUCUGAUCAUGGCCUAUGAAUGCUCCAUCAAGGCGUGCGACCUGAUGGCAUUGCGUUUCUUGGAGUUCUUUCUGCCUGCAGCCAUGCUGGGCUCAUUCAAGAUGGCCUAA